AUGGGCGUGGUCGGCAUAGCCGGUGCCUUUGCGGGUUUUGGCCUUUCUGACAACUCGAGUACUACCACGGCUUUCGACUCAUCUACGGCCACGCUUCUUUCACGUUCUUACGGCGGUUCCCUUACGGCGCUUGGUUCAACUAAUGACGGGGGCAACAUCGUUGCUGGGUGCACUUUGAACGACGUCUUUUACUUUGGUGGCAAUUUUACUUCAAUCAACGGAACGCCUGCAACAAAUGUCGCAGCAUAUACCCCAUCAUCCUCCUCGUUUUCCUCUCUCGAUUCUGGAGGCCCGGAUGGUCCUGUGCAUGCACUCUACUGCGACACCGCCAACAGUACCGUAUGGGUUGGGGGAAAGUUCUCGUCCCCAGGAGAUUCGGUUGCGGUAUGGGAAUCAAAGUCGCAGAAGUGGUCGGCCCCAGCGUUUGGAGGAUUAUCUGGUGGUGUGGGAGAGGUGUUGUCCAUCACGACCAAUUCCUCCGGGACCAGCCUCUUUUUCACAGGUUCAUUCACCACUUCGUUCGGUAACAGCAGUAGUGUCACUGUCAAUACAACCAAUAAUCCCAAUAUACCAUAUUCUCCGGGUGCCUCAUCCUUCUCCUCUUCGCUGGUCCCCAUAUCACUGCAAAAUGCGGAGAUCGUGGCGGCCCCGUCAUCGGAUGAGUCUGGCUUCGAAGAUGUAGACAACAUUUUGUGUCCAUCAGGCUCUGAUGGGCCGGGGUUCACAUGGUUCGCUCAAGAUGAUGAAGUCGCGACGAUCAUCGUCCGAGCAUACUCCCUGCUUAAUGCUAGAGGUGUACGCCUUGGCAAUACGUUCUUAGAUGGAAGAGGUACAACCGGGUUUAGUCUCACCACGAUCCCGGACAAUACAGUUCAGACAUUGACCUAUCUCGAUCCCGAAACGGGAAGCGACCAGACGUGUACGGCCCUUUGUCCACUGUUGACGAACUCGUCAAUCCCCUACCAAGACUUUCUGUUCAGCGAUAACAUCACCAUCACGGGGUUUCAGCUAACCUUGUCCGAGUGGCAAGGUGCAGGGUCAGGCCUACACAUCCUCCAACUGCUAUCCUCCGGAGCGUUCGUAUCUGCCAUCGCUAGCAACAACACCGAGUCUUGCUGGGCCUCAGGUUCAUCCAGCGUUUCAUUUACGAAAACAUGGACAGAAAAGCAAGCGACGACAGACAUUCCUGCUACCAUCGAGGCAGUUCUCGUGUCCGAGGUUGCAGUAGGCACAUCUGCGUCCCAGGGCCCGAGCUUCACCUGGAUGCCGUUCGUGUCGGCCGCUGGAGACUACAACGUGUAUCUGUCCAUACCGGGAUGCGACGAUUUCGGAGAUUGCGAUUCCCGUACGAGCGUCGAGGUGACCGUGUUCGCUGAGUCGGGUGCGAAUCCUUGGGUCUCCACGAUCUCCCAGCAGAACACAGAUGACGAAUGGAUGUUGAUCUACAGCGGGGCGGUCGAGCCGUCUUCGAGCGACUUCGCGUUGACGGUCUCCAUGACUUUGGCGGACAAUCCGACGGGCAGCGGACAGGGCGGCGAUUAUGAAUUGGUGGCUGGGAACGUAGAGCUUGUAUUGACCAACCCCACUACUGCUUCUCAUCUCGCGCAAGAAACAAAUGCGACCUCAUUGGGCUCUGCAAAUUCAUUCGGGUUCUUUGAAUGGCCGUUGGCGUCCACGUCAUCUGUAAGCGCCACCGGAACGCUAGCAAAUUCUUCGGAGACCGCAUUGGACCAGAUCGGCAUCGACCUGUUGUCAGCCCUCGGUGGAAGUGCCAGUAUAUCCUCCUCUUCGGCGUCCAUUUCUGCGGUUGUUCAGGAUUCGUCAGGCGCAGUGUUCCUAGGAGGAGAGUUUACCCUCUCCAGCGGGACCGCAUCGGCUACCUCCAACAUCGUUGCAUACAAGAAUGGUGCAUUGGCAGCAUUAUCCUCGAACGGCCUAAACGGUGCUGUGACGUCCCUCGCUCUCGAUGGCCAGACGCUAUUUGUCGGUGGUGCGUUCGGCGCCACGUCGUCCUCGUCCACAGCUUUGAAAGGUGUUGCGAUGUAUGACAUUACAAAGGACGAAUGGUCUGCACUGGGAGGCGGAGUUAAUGGCGCCGUUGACAGCAUUCUCUGUUCGAACGGACGCCUGCUAGUUGCUGGCAACUUCACAGAGGUGUUCUCCGCCACCAGCGUUGUUUUCGAGGAGAGCACGUCAGGGUUUGCUGUCUGGGACGUAGUGAACGGAACGUGGAUUAAUGACGGAGGCUAUUUGAUCGGGAACAUGACCUUCGUCGGGAACGACUCAUCUUCAGGCGGUAGCGAAGAUGAAUUGCAGUUCGUUGCCGGCAACGUGGAGGCGUCCCUCGAGUUCGGCGCGACUGGGUUCGUGAUGCUCCAGAAUGGUGCGAACGGUACGCCUGAAGUUUCAACACUCGGUGUGCGAUUGGAUGGUAUCAGCGGCAACGCUACUUCGUCGAGCACGACCAAGAGACGUCGUUCACAAGUUACUCGGCCGAGUAGAUCGUGGAUACCAGGGAUGGAUGUAUGGAGAUUGUUCAAGCGUGAUAUUACGCUGGUGUCACUUCCAGAUGCCCCUGCGGCUGCUUCGCCGGCAGUUCUCGCGGGCGCGUUCUGGACCAACAGCUCAUCGAACCGAGAGGUGGUCAUCAUCGGUGGCAACUUCAGCUUCACUUCUUCGGGAGAAACGUGUCAGAACGUCGCCAUCUACGACAAUUCGACCGAUACAAUCAGCCCGCUCAUAGGAAAUCAGCUCAACGGGACUGUGCGGAGCCUCCUUGUUCUAGGAGACAGACUAUUUAUCGGCGGCGAGUUCACUCUUCAGGGCACGGAUGCGAAUGGCUUUGCUGUGUAUAACCUUGCACAGCAGCAAUGGGAUUUGGUUGGCGUGCAGGCAUUACAAGCGAGCUCGGGCUCCAGUGUCGUUGUACGGUCUGUCACGUCGUCUCUCUCACAGUCCGAAGUGGUCAUUGUCGCGGGCACGUUUACACAAGCUGGGACGAUCGCGUGCAGGGCCAUCUGCUCGUACAAUGCUAAUUCAGAACAAUGGAGCCCGCUCGGCAAUGGGAUACAAGGCGAAGUAGCGUCUGUUGCGUAUGCUGGGAACGAUGAGAACGUUAUCGUGGCUUCCGGCUCGAUAGCUCUGGCGGAUAGCGCUCCGGCAAACGUGGCGCUUUAUACAAUCUCGAACUCCUCAUGGGCUGCGGUCGGUAACGGCAAUGAUCUGCCUGGUCCUGUCACCGCUGUGGCAGUGAACGACUACAACACGAGCAGCAUAUUUGCUGCUGGCAGAUCAUCCGACAACUCGACCGCUUUCCUGUACUCGUGGAAUGGCGAGACAUGGUCUGAUAUCGGUUCAAGCUUCGAAGCUGAGACAGACGUAACACAAUUGAUCAUGGUACCUCUACAGAAUACACAUUCUUCCAACAGUAUCAUACAGUCAGAUCGCGUCCUCAUGAUCUCUGGAGCUCUAUCGGCCUCCUUCGGCAACGCUUCAUCUGCUCUGUUUGACGGGAAGAGCUUAGUUCCAUACAUCGUCACUGCGACAUCUUCGGGAGCUGCGGGCGUAGUCUAUGGCCUGAUCCACUCGUACACGACGUUCAGCUUCAGUCAGCGACAUUUCCUCGCCACCGGAGUGGUCAUCCUCAUCUCGAUAGCCAUCUCAGCGGGAGUCGUGUUCUUACUCGUCUUGCUGGGCAUUCUUUGGACUCUAUUCUCCCGCCGCGGCGAUAGACUAGGCAAGUACGACCCGGCUGAGUAUGAGGACGAUGAUUCUUCAGCACACCGUCCGUCCUCCCUCCUCGCACAUAUCAACGCCGCCACUCGAGGCACCAUCAUCGGCGACGCCAGCGUCUUCGGGCCAGCGGCCGAGAAGGAAGGCGAGAUGGCCACGGCUGGUAGGAUGGCUGCCACAGCCGACCACGAUCUGUUCGAGGCGGACGAUGGCACCUAUGUCCGUCCGGACACGCCGUCGGAUGCUGCCAAUGGAACGAUGAUCGGCGAGGACAUGAAUAGGACCGCUCACGCGCGGUAUUCGUUUGAGGCCACUGGAGAGGGCGAGCUUCCACUUUCUGCCGGUCAGGAGCUUGAAAUCCUAGAUGAUAGGGAUGCUGCAUGGUGGUAUGCACGCGACGUGCGUUCGGGGAGAGAGGGUGUCGUGCCAGCUGCCUACGUGUAUUGA